AGCUGCCGCACCCCCACCUCCUUCCUGUUAGACGAGCUGACAGUGCAUGUGUCGUCCAACCGCUGCCCGUGCCCGUAGUUCCACGUGCCAACCACAACCAACAAACACAGUCGGGCACUCUACAGCAUUGCUCUCUGUAUCCAUUUGCCCGCCCUCUCUUCUGCGCCCACGAGUCCGACUGCUACUCGCGAUUGCUGCCCGAGGUCAUUGCAUCCCACCGUCUCGCUUCAAGCAGCACCGCACGACUUAAGCCCAUCAGCAGGCAGCGAAACCCGGUGCAGGCGUCUUCACAUCCCCGCUAAGCCAUGGCCGACGCACCCGAGGAGACGGGCGACGCCCAGCUCAGCUUCAAGGUCAAGACGUCAGGCGAAGGCAGCCACAACAUCGCCAUCUCCGAGUCCGCCACUGUCCUCGAUCUGAAGAACAAGCUGGCCGCUGAAGAGUUUGAGAACAUCCCCGCCGACCGCCAACGUCUUAUCUACUCGGGCCGCGUCAUGAAGAACGAUGACGCGCUCAGCACCUACAAGAUCAAGACGGGCAACACCAUACACCUGGUCAAGAGCGCCGCUAGCAACCCCUCCAGGCCCGCCCAGACGUCCGCCGCCGCUGCCGUCCCGGCCGUGCCGACCAACAUGGCUGCGGGCACUUCUGCGAGCAACCCCCUGGCCGGUCUGACCGGCGCCAGAUACGCCGGCCACGUACCUCUCCCCAGUGCAGACCUCUUUGGCCCGGACGGCGGUAUGAACCCUCCCAGCGAAGAGCAGAUGGCAGAGAUGCUGUCCAACCCCGCCAUUCAGCAAAGCAUGAACGAGGCGCUCCAGAACCCGGACUUUGUCAACUUCAUGAUCCAGUCAAACCCGAUGCUGCGUAACCUACCCAACGCCCGCGAGAUAGUCCAAUCGCCUCAGUUCCGACACAUGAUGACGGAUGCCGAGUCGCUCCGCAUGGCUUCUCGAAUGCGUAGGAUGUUUGGGGGUCCUGGCGGCGCGGGUGCCGGCGCCUUCCCCGCCCCGGGUGCCACGAGCACUACCCCUGAUGGCGCCCCGGCUUCGACCGGGACAGAGGGCGGCGCGGGCGCGGGUGCCAACGCCGGUGCACAAGGCGUCCCGCCAAUGCCGUUCGGAUUACCGGGAAUGUUUGGCAUGCCACAGGGCGGCGACGCGGCCGCCAACCCGUUUGCUGCCCUUUUCGCUCCCGCGGCCGGCCAGCAGGCGCCAGGCGCGGGUGCUGGGCAAGGCAACAACACGGCCACUUCCGGUGGAGCGGCUGCCGGCCAGGCGCCUGGUGCCGACCCGCUCGCAGCUCUGUUCGGUGGCGGCGCUGGAGCAGGCGGACCUGGAGGCAACCCUUUCGCGUCGCCUGAAUUCCAACAGUUCAUGCAAGCGAUGCAGGCGGGUGGCGGUGGGCUUGGAGCGGCGCCUGCGGCUCCCCCGGACAACCGGCCACCCGAGGAGCGUUACGCGGAGCAGCUACGACAGCUCAACGACAUGGGAUUCUUCGACUUCGACAGGAAUGUGGCGGCAUUGAGAAGGAGCGGCGGCAGUGUGCAGGGUGCCAUCGAGCAUCUGUUGAGCGGCUGACGAGGGGAUAUCAAGGAGCGCAGACGUGGUUCCGCUUGAUGCCAGAUUCUGUCGGUUACUACAAACCCACUCUUCUCCUAAAGACAUGAUACGCCUGCCUCGCGAGGCUGUCAAGCGAAGCGGCUUUCUCCUCCUUCCCGCGUAUGAGGCGCAGAUCAAGAGAAUAUCCCAAACUCAGACCUAGGUUGAAUUGGUGCCUCCGGAAUCCACCCCAUGUUACCCUACGGUGCUAAUAGUGUGAAGAGGUCGAAGUAGGAUAGUCU